AUGGAGGCCCCCAGUCGUGUGUAUCUCUUCGGAGAUCAGACUGCUGAUUUCGACUCGGGUCUUCGCCGCCUACUGCAAGCCAAAAACGACUCGCUGCUGUCGGCCUUUUUCCAGAAGUGCUACUAUGCAUUGCGCAAAGAGAUCUCCAGGCUGUCGCCAUCUCAGCGGCAGCUGUUCCCUCGUUUUACAAGCGUUGUCGACCUCCUCGCCAGAUAUCGGGAGUCAGGAUCAAACCCAGCUCUGGAGAGCGCAUUGACAACCAUCUAUCAGUUGGGAUGUUUUAUUCACUACUAUGGAGACCGUGGAUAUGCCUAUCCGUCCGGCUCUGAAAGCUGUAUUAUUGGACUUUGCACCGGUCAACUUGCGGCUGCCGCGGUCAGUUCAUCAAAGACCGUUGGCGAGCUUGUCUCAGUGGGAGUUCAAACCGUUGUUAUUGCUCUGCGCCUUGGAGUCUGCGUUGUGAAGGCUCGGGAACUCGUCGAAACCAGUCAAUCUCCGUCGCAAAGCUGGUCUGUUCUGGUUUCAGGGAUGCGAGAGCAAGAAGCCCAGAGCCUGAUCCAGAACUUUUCUAAGACGAAUGCCCUGCCGCAUGUUUCACAGCCCUAUAUCAGUGCUGUAAGCCCAAAUGGACUGACUAUCAGUGGACCCCCCGCUUUUCUGGGUCGCUUUGUUGAGGCUUCUCUUUCAAAAGAGCACAAGCCUGUGCGAGUUCCAAUUCACGGUCCUUACCAUGCGUCGCACUUGUAUGAUGAACGGGAUAUCAACCGAAUCCUGGAGUCGUGGCCGAAGGAGGAAUUCGCGAGUUACGUCCCUCAAAUUCAGGUUCUGUCCAGUGUAACUGGGAAGAUCGUCGAUGUUUCAAAUCUUGAAGAAUUGUUGAAAUUUUCUCUCGAGGAAAUUCUGCUUCGGCCACUUUGCUGGGGCAAAGUUAUUGAUUCGUGUUUUUCGACAUUGGAUUCGGCCUCAAAAAUGUGCACGUUGCUUCCUAUCUCCACCACUGCGACUCAGAGUUUGUUCACGGGCCUCAAGAAAGCUGGAAUCUCCCAUCUUGAAGUUGAGAGUGCCAUCGGAGAUGUCCAAAAGGACCCCGAGGGUGCCAACCGUACCGGCCGUGCUGAUGCGUCUAAGAUUGCCAUCAUUGGUGUUUCGGGAAGAUUUCCUGAAGCACCCGAUACAGAGGCAUUCUGGGAUCUCUUGUACAAGGGUCUUGAUGUACAUCGUGAGGUCCCGCCAGAGCGGUGGGAUGUGAAGGCCCACGUCGACAUGGAAGGAAACACCAGAAACACCAGCAAGGUUCAAUACGGCUGCUGGAUCAACGAGCCCGGUCUUUUUGACCCGCGAUUCUUCAACAUGUCUCCUCGCGAAGCACUUCAGGCCGAUCCGGCCCAGCGACUGGCACUUUUGACUGCUUAUGAGGCCUUUGAAAUGGCUGGUUUCAUUCCCGAUAGCACCCCUUCGACACAAAAGAACCGAGUGGGGGUUUUCUAUGGCAUGACCAGUGAUGACUACCGUGAAAUCAACAGUGGUCAGGAUAUUGAUACCUACUUUAUCCCCGGCGGUAACCGCGCUUUCACACCCGGUCGGAUCAACUACUACUUCAAGUUCAGUGGCCCCAGUGUGAGCGUCGACACGGCUUGCUCGUCCAGUCUUGCGGCAAUUCACGUGGCAUGCAAUUCCCUCUGGAGGAACGACUGUGACUCUGCUGUGGCAGGCGGUGUUAACAUCCUCACAAACCCCGACAAUCACGCUGGUCUUGACCGUGGACACUUCCUUUCCCGGACUGGAAACUGCAACACCUUCGAUGACGGUGCCGAUGGGUACUGCAGAGCGGAUGGUGUGGGAUCUGUUGUUUUGAAGCGACUGGAAGAUGCUCAAGCAGACAACGACCCGAUCUACGGUGUCAUUGCUGGCGCCUACACCAACCACUCCGCCGAGGCUGUUUCGAUCACUCGGCCUCAUGUUGGAGCACAGGCAUUUAUCUUCGACAAGCUGCUCAAUGAGGCUGACAUUGACCCCAAGGAGGUCAGCUAUAUUGAAAUGCAUGGAACUGGCACCCAGGCCGGUGAUGCCGUGGAAAUGCAAUCUGUGCUGGACGUCUUCGCCCCCGAUCACCGUCGCGGGCCAACCCAAUCUCUGCAUCUUGGCUCGGCAAAGUCCAAUGUCGGCCAUGGCGAGUCGGCUUCCGGUGUCACUUCCUUGGUGAAGGUGCUGAUGAUGAUGCGGAAGAACAUGAUCCCACCUCACUGUGGUAUCAAGACGAAGAUUAACCAUAACUUCCCCACGGACCUGCCGCAGCGGAACGUUCACAUUGCUCUUGAGCCCACGCCCUGGAACCGCCCCAAUGGUGGCAAGCGAAGAAUGUUCCUGAAUAACUUCUCUGCUGCUGGUGGUAACACGGCUCUGCUGAUGGAGGAUGGCCCUCUUAGAGAGCAGGAUGUGAAUGACCCUCGGUCGGUGCAUCCAGUGAUGGUCUCAGCGAGAUCCCAGUCCGCACUUAGAAACAACGUCGGUGCUCUCGUGCAAUACAUUGACACGAACAAAAACUUGUUCAAUGUCAAUGACUCCAGUCUCCUUGCCGAUAUAUCAUACACGACCACAGCGCGACGCAUCCAUCACCCUUUCCGAGUUGCUGCCUCCGGAUCAACCUUGGAGGAAAUACGGGAUGCACUGACCUCGAGUGUGAGCCGUGAAAACAUUACCCCGGUUCCCUCGACUGCACCGGGCAUUGGCUUUGUCUUCACUGGCCAAGGCGCCCAGUACACGGGCAUGGGAAGGGAACUCUUUGAGAGCUGCUCGCAGUUCCGAGCACACAUCGAGCGCCUGGACCGCAUUGGUCAAAGCCAGGGCCUCCCUUCCAUUGUGCCUUUGGUCGAUGGGAGUGUUCCUAUUGAGGAGCUCAGCCCUAUUGUGACCCAGCUUGGAACCACCUGUGUGCAAAUGGCAUUGACCAAAUUCUGGGUUUCCUUAGGCGUCGUGCCGAAAUUUGUCCUUGGCCACAGUCUCGGUGAAUAUGCUGCGCUGAAUGCUGCUGGUAUCUUGACUACCAGCGAUACAAUCUACCUUGCCGGCCGACGGGCUCAGCUUCUCACUCAGCAAUGCCAGAUGGGCACCCACGCCAUGUUGGCCGUGCGGUCUUCAGUGGCACAAGUGAAACAAUUCCUUGAUGGAGAUUCUGCUGAGGUGGCUUGCAUCAAUGCUCCCGCAGAGACUGUGAUCAGCGGUGCUAGCCCUAAGAUUGACGAGCUGGCCGAGAAGCUUUCCAAUGAAGGGUUCAAGGCCACCAAGCUGAAGGUGCCUUUUGCUUUCCACUCUGCCCAGGUUGAGCCUAUCCUCGAGAGCCUGGCAGAUGUUGCCAAGGGUGUCACUUUCCAUGAGCCUUCAAUUCCGUUUGUGUCUGCUCUUCUCGGAGAUGUUGUCAAGGAUGCCAGCAGUGAUGUCCUUGGUCCCAGCUACCUGACACGACACUGCCGGGAGACUGUCAACUUCCUGGGGGCUCUGGAGGCUACUAGGCAUGCCAACCUGAUGAACGACAAGACUUUGUGGGUUGAGGUCGGUUCUCAUACGGUCUGCUCUGGAAUGGUGAAAUCGACUUUCGGCCCUCAGACCACAACGGUGGCAUCUCUGCGCCGCCAGGAAGACACGUGGAAGGUUUUGUCGAACAGCCUGUCGACCCUCUACCUGGCUGGAAUCGAUCUUCGCUGGAAGGAGUACCAUCAGGACUUCAGCUCUGCUCGCCAAGUCCUGCCACUUCCUGCGUACAAGUGGGAUCUCAAGAACUACUGGAUUCCCUACACCAACAACUUUUGUCUGCUCAAGGGUGCGCCCGCAACCCCUGCGGCUGAGGCCACGCCUGUCUCCACGUUCCUGACCACGGCGGCCCAGAAGGUGGUGGAGACAAGCAGUGACAAAGGGUCAGCGACUGUUGUUAUUGAGAACGACAUCUCUAAUCCCGAGUUGAGUCGUGUCAUCCAAGGCCACAAGGUCAACGGAGCCUCUCUCUGUCCAUCGUCUUUGUACGCGGACAUUGCCCAGACACUCGGGGAAUAUCUCGUCGAGAACUACAAGCCCGAGUGGAAGGGACGCGGUUUUGACGUCUGCAAUGUGACGGUUUCCAAGCCACUCAUUGCAAAGGGUGGCAAGCAGCUGUUCCGAGUCUCGGCGAAGACGAACUGGGCCGAUGAAAGUGCGCAGGUGCAGGUCUGGUCUGUCACCCCUGAAGGGAAGAAGAUCAUCGACCACGCCUACUGUCUUAUCAAGUUCUUCGACACCAGUGCUGCGGAGCUCGAAUGGAAGCGAAAUGCCUACCUCAUUAAGAGGAGCAUCGAGCAUCUCCAGGAGAGCACUGAAUCUGGUCAGGCCCACCGGAUGAAGCGAGGGAUGGUCUACAAGCUGUUCAGCUCCCUGGUCGACUACGACGAUAACUACAAGUCCAUCCAAGAAGUCAUUUUGGACAGCGACCAGCAUGAGGCCACUGCUCUCGUGAAAUUCCAGGCUCCUCCUGGCAACUUCCAUCGCAAUCCAUUCUGGAUUGACAGCAUUGGCCACCUGUCUGGCUUUAUCAUGAACGCCAGUGAUGCGACUGAUUCAAAGAACCAGGUCUUCGUCAACCAUGGCUGGGACUCGAUGCGUUGCUUGAAGAAGUUCGAUCCCAACGUCACUUACCGGACCUACGUGAGGAUGCAGCCCUGGCAGAACUCGAUCUGGGCUGGAGAUGUCUACCUCUUUGAAGGGGACGAUAUUGUUGCUGUGUAUGGUGGCGUCAAGUUCCAAGCACUGGCACGGAAGAUCCUUGAUGCUGUUCUUCCUCCCGCUGGAGCAUCAGCCCCCAAGCCUGGUUCGAAGCCCGCACCUCCAGCUAUUGAUGUUCAAAAGUCGAAGACAGGCCCCGCGAAGAAGCCCCGUGCCAGCCCUGCAGCAGCACCCAAGUCUGCGGGACCGAGCAUUGCUGUGCGUGCUCUUGGGAUCUUGGCCGAGGAGGUUGGCCUGUCCACAUCUGAAAUCACCGACGAUCUCAACUUCGCCGAUUACGGCGUGGACUCUCUCCUUUCGCUGACCGUCACAGGGCGGUAUCGUGAGGAAAUGGGCAUUGACCUGGAAUCCUCUGUCUUUGUCGACCAGCCGACUGUCAAGGACUUCAAACGCCUCUUGGCGCAGAUGGGCCCUGCCGAGCACAGCAGCGAUGAAUCAAGUAGCGAAGCCGAUCUAUCUUCCUCUGCGUCGACCACAGACGUCUCGUCUCCUAACUCCAGUGGUCUCCCGACGCCUGCUAACGAGAAGUCAAUGUCCCUCGAGCAGAACGACAGCAUGAAACAGAUCUGCUCGAUUCUGGCAGAGGAAAUUGGAGUUGAGCCAGAUGAGAUCCAAGCAGACGCCAACCUGGGCGAAAUGGGUUUGGAUUCUUUGAUGUCGCUUACUGUCCUGGGGAAGAUGCGCGAGCUUCUGGAUCUCGAUCUCUCCGGCGAGUUCUUCAUUGAAAACCAGACUCUCGCGGACAUUGAAGUUGCUCUGGGCUUGAAGCCCAAAGUUACUGCCGCGGAGCCGAUUCGGCUUCCCGAGAAACUUCCGGUCGAAGCACCCAAGCCUGCAGCAAGCACUGGGACCCAGCACCCCCCGGCAACCUCCAUCCUCCUGCAAGGAAACCCGAAAACAGCCACCCAGAAACUGUUCCUGUUCCCUGACGGCUCCGGUUCAGCCACUUCCUAUGCCACCAUCCCCGGAGUGUCUCCAGACAUCUGCGUAUACGGACUGAACUGCCCAUACAUGCGGACGCCCGAGAAUCUCAAGUAUAGCCUGGAUGAGCUGACAGCGCCCUACGUGGCCGAGAUCCGGCGACGCCAGCCCACAGGGCCCUACAACUUCGGCGGCUGGUCCGCAGGCGGGAUCUGCGCGUACGACGCCGCGCGCCAGCUGAUCUUCGACCACGGCGAGCAAGUAGACCGCCUCCUCCUUCUCGACUCGCCGUUCCCCAUCGGGCUCCAGAAGCUUCCCCCGCGGCUCUACAGCUUCUUCGACUCGAUCGGCCUGUUUGGCGAGGGCAAGGCGCCGCCGCCGAAAUGGCUGCUCCCGCACUUCCUGGCCUUCAUCGACUCUCUGGACGCCUACAAGGCGGUCCCUUUCCCCUUCUCCGACAGCAAGCUGGCCGCCAAGCUCCCCAAGACUUACAUGGUCUGGGCCAAGGAUGGGGUAUGCUCCAAGCCGAAUGAUCCUCGCCCCGGCCCCGCCGAGGAUGGCAGCCCCGAUCCUCGUGAGAUGCUCUGGCUGCUGAACAACCGUACCGAUCUCGGCCCGAAUGGCUGGGAUUCUCUUGUCGGUCCGAAUAACGUCGGCGGCAUCACUGUCAUGGAGGGGGCUAAUCAUUUCACCAUGACUCGUGGUGAAAAGGCAAAGGAGUUGGCGGCGUUCAUGGCUAAUGCAAUGGCUUCAACAUGA